AUGUCUCUAAAAGAAUCCAUAGAAGGACUUUUGGGGCUGAAAGAAUCUAAUUGUGGCCCAAAGCAUUCCUAUUCUGAACAUGAACGCAUGCCUUUAGACGUGAGAUUUCGAAUAUGGUACACUGACAAGUAUGAAAACAUUCCUCAACGGCCAGUCCGCUUUUCUUUCAAUAUGAAUGCGUCUGUGGAAGAAGCUGGUAGCUAUGCUUUCCAAAAGUGCUUCGAUAAGGUUCCUGAAGAAAUGGGCAUUUCUAUAACAAAAGGUUUCGGUCUGUUGUCAGACAUACGUGAUACGAACGAGAAACUUAGAAACCUCUUCCAAGAGGGAGAAACUUUGGUUCUAUCAGACGUUCUGGACUAUAGCAAAAUGAUCAAGGAACGUGAUAUUCGUUUUUUGACGCACAUGCUCUCUGGUUUAGUGGGGUUGGUAGCCCUAAUCAUCAUAAUUUACACAGUUGUCCCUUGGUUUACAUCGAAGUCAGACAACAAAGGGAAGUCUCAACAGUUCAAGAAUAACCGUAAAAAGCGGCACUAG